UUGAUCAGCUGCUAUGCGCCAACGCUUGGAGCAACUUUUGAGGAGAAGAGCUUGUUUUAUGGGCAGCUCGGUGACGCUGUUUGUUCAACACCACACAACCAUCAGUUGUUUGUUUUGGGUGAUUUUAACGCCCGUGUGGGUAAAGACCACAUCUUGUGGCCAAAAGUGCUUGGACGAAAUGGAGUUGGUAGGAAAAAUUCAAAUGGAACCAUGCUCCUCGAAUUUUGUACAGAGCACAAUCUUGUGGUGACAAAUACAGUCUUCCAACAGGCUGACAGGAAGAAGACUAGCUGGAAACGACACUGGCAUCUCAUCGACUACAUACUUAUCAGACAACGCGAUCUUCGUCUCGCUCGUCUAACUAAAGCGGUGCGAGCAUCAACAAUGUGGUCAGAUCAUCGCCUCAUCAAGAUGUCGGUGUUUCUUACUGUUAAA